AUGCUUCAGUCGCUGCCAGCGGUCAUCAAUCGUUUCCGAGAGCGACGGAUUGCCUUCGGAGGCGAUAUACAAGAAAUGUAUCAUCAGAUACGCAUUCGCUCUGACGAUAAACAAGCCCAACGUUUUCUGUUUCGCUCCAGUCCGAACGACAAACCGGAAGUUUACGUCAUGGACGUCGCAACUUUCGGAUCUACCUGUUCUCCCUGCUCAGCCCAAUUUAUCAAAAAUAUCAACGCAGCGGAGUUUGCUGAGGAAUUUCCGGAGGCAGCUGCAGCAGUAAUCAACAAUCAUUACGUUGAUGACUAUUACGAUAGUGCCGAUUCUGUAGAUCAUGCUUACAAGAUCGCAAGGGAGGUUAAAUAUAUACACUCUCGCGGCGGUUUUCAUCUAAGGAAUUGGGUUUCCAAUUCAUCGGAAUUUCUUGAAGCCAUGGGGGAACCAAGCAAAAAUUCUGCUGUUCACUUCAAUCGAGAUAAAAGCACGAUGGUCGAACGGGUUUUGGGAAUCAUAUGGGACCCAUCAGAGGAUGUGUUUCGUUUUUCAACUACAGUUCGGGAGGCAUAUAAACCAGUGCUUCAUGGCAUCGAGAGACCAACAAAAAGAAUAGUACUUAGCUGCGUGAUGUCGAUGUUUGACCCUCAAGGUCUUCUUUCCCCUUUCACCGUGUUUGGAAGAAUGUUGAUUCAGGAUCUAUGGAGAACCGGUUGCGACUGGGACGAUCCAGUUGAUGAUAGAUCCUAUGAGAAAUGGACACGUUGGACUAAAGUAUUGCCGCAAAUUGCUGCCAUCAAAGUUCCUCGGAGUUAUUUCGGUGUAUCAAAAUUGUCCGAAGUAAAGAAAAUUCAACUUCAUAUUAUAACAGAUGCAAGUAAAGGAGCGCUAGGGUGUGUUGCAUACUUUCAAGCGAUUGUGGAAGGAAAUGUGCGAUGCGUGCUGGUGGCAAGCCGCGUGAAAGUCGCACCAUUAAAACCUGUCUCUAUCCCUCGUCUAGAGUUGCAAGCAGCAGUCAUAGGAGCCCGGCUGGCAUCCGCAGUACGAAAAAAUCAUUCUUUCGAUAUUGAAACGCAAUUCUUCUGGUCGGAUUCAACCACUGUUCUCUCGUGGAUCAGGUCAGACCAUCGUCGUUAUAAAGAGUACGUAGGACAUCGCGUGGGUGAAAUUUUAUCCAUCAGCCGGCUGCCUGAAUGGAAAUGGAUUCCCACAAAACUGAACGUGGCCGAUCAACUGACGAAAUGGACUAGGGACCCGGAGAUGAACGCUGCUUCCACUUGGUUCAAUGGACCAGAUUUCAUGUACCUUGGAGAAGAAAACUGGCCGAAGCAAAGGGCGGUUCAGGCUGAAACAGAGGAAGAAAUGAAGGUGCAUCUUAUGAUUCACGAUGUUGAGGUGCCAGCAGCAGUUAUAAAAGUCGAGCGUAUAUCAAAAUGGAACAUCUUGGUUCGAACGUUAGCAAGCGUCUAUCGGUUCCUGUCGAACUGUAAUAGGAAAAUAAAUCGUUCACCACUAGAAACGUUGAGAGCUUCGCUUAGACAAGCGAAUCUUCUAAAAUCAAUAAAAUAUCCAGUAGUAAUAACCCCCUUAAAACAGCAAGAACUAGGAAAGGCAGAACAGACGCUUUUCAAAAUGGCACAAAUUGCUGUUUUUGAGCCUGAAUUUAAAAUUCUCAAAAAGAACGCAGAAUUACCGAUGGAAAAGUGGUUGAAGCUAGAAAAAUCUAGCAUGCUUUAUAAACUUACUCCGUUAGUCGACGGCCAAGGAAUUAUUCGUUCUGAAGGCCGUACUGGUAGGGCCGAGUUUUUGCCAUUCGACUUAAGGUUUCCUAUCAUACUACCAAAGGAUCAUAUCAUUACAGCAAAACUCGUCCAGCAUUUUCAUGAAAAAUUUGGACAUGGUGGGCGUGAAACGGUUAAAAAUGAACUUAGACAGCGUUUCUUGAUACCGAAAAUAGGAGCAGUAAUUGCAAAAGUUGCCAAGACGCGCGUUUGGUGUAAGGUAAAGCGAAAUCACCCGGCGACUCCUAGAAUGGCAGCUCUUCCUGUUCAAAGACUUAUGCCCUACCUGCGCUGUUCCAGCUACGUGGGUGUGGACUAUUUGGGGCCGUUCACGGUAGUUGUGAACAGGCACAGUGAAAAACGGUGGAUCGUCUUAUUCACAUGUUUAGUAGUACGAGCAGUUCAUCUGGAAGUAGCUCAUUCGCUGACUACACAAUCCUGUCUCAUGGCAAUUCGCCGUUUCAUCUGCCGACGUGGUCCCCCCUUAGAAUUUUUUUCUGAUAAUGGGACGAACUUGAAGGGUGCGAGCAAAGAGUUAAAGGCGAAUAUGCAGGCAAUUGGAGAAGAGAGUGCCAAUGAAUUCACUUCAGCUCGUACGAAGUGGACAUUUAGCCCCCCAGCUACCCCCCAUAUGGGUGGGGUGUGGGAAAGACUUGUCCGGUCAGUAAAGGCAGUCUUGUCAGUUCUAGAUGAUGGACGACGAUUAACAGAUGAAGUUUUAUUAACAUCAAUAACCGAAGCUGAGGAUAUAGUGAACUCGCGUCCUCUUGUCUACGCAUCACAGGAAUCGGAGGAGGCGUUGACACCAAAUAAUUUUCUUCGGGGAGUGUCCCCCAAUGAACCACGGCAAGGAACACCCCCCACGUAUCCGGCAAAAGCUUUGAGAGAUUCAUUUCAUCGAUCACAGCAGUUGACUGAAGAAAUGUGGAAAAAAUGGAUUCGUGAAUACGUUCCGUCAAUUAGUGGACGGUCAAAAUGGUUUGCUGAAUCCAAAAAUUUGCAAGUAGGCGAUCUUGUAUACGUCGUAGAAGGUAAUAAACGAAAGUGUUGGGUCCGUGGAAUCGUCGAAAACCCAAUAGUGUCGGGUGACGGGAGAGUUCGGCAAGCGUGGAUUCGAACCAAUAGCGGUCUCUGCAAGCGAGCAGCGACGAACCUGGCUGUCUUAGAGAUAACUGAUAGUGACACUGAACCGGAAGUGGCCUCCGGUACAGGAUCACGGGCCGGGGCAUGUUGUGAACGAUACCACAGGGCAUACAGUUCGCUCUCCGGGAUCAGGCAAAACAAUCACCAGCACACAGUUGGCUGCCCGGGAUCAGGCGAAAAAAUCACCAGCGCUGACGUUAUCACCAGUGGCGCACCAGCCAGCAGAGCGACCGCGAGAACAAUAGAGAAGGUGACGGUGCAAGAUCAGAAGUGGUGA